GCGUCUGCGUCAAGGACCUGAGAUAAUUCGCGAAGUAGCUGGCUAAUCAAAAGGGGUGAUAAAAAUGGAUUCCGAAAUGGAAGUUCCUGAUUCGACUUGUCCGACAACAGAAGCGAUAAUUGCACCAACCAUCGAAAACGCAGCACCGGUGACUGGUGCUGGUGAAACCACCGUGAUCGUUAAUCUAAUGGAAACAGACACUACAUCGGCCGCACCGCCUAGCAUUAGUAGUACCGUGGAAGGAGAUUCGGCUGCAGUCGUUUCAGCAGCUAAUGUGACUUCUAUUAGCAGCAAAUAUCCCAAACUAAAUCAGCUCCGGGUGAAUGAGUUUGGGAUUUACGAACUGGUUCCUGGGGAAGAAUCCACGGCCGAAAAGCCUAUCGAGGCCACACCAAUGGCAGACGCUGUAUCUGCACCAGCAGAGACGAAAGAAUCAGUAACCUCAGAACCAAUUACUACAACAGCAACGUCCGAUAGCGAAGCCAUUUCCCAACCAUCAAAGCCAGCAGUAGAGACGACUGCUGCCAAUGUUGUGACCAACAAUAAUGGAAGCAGUACGACCAGCAGUAAUAAUAACGGAGAUCGAGAGCGAUGGAAGCAAAGAUUCCCAUCCAAUACCAAAGAGAAAGUCGACAUCGUCUGCUGCAAACAGUGUGACGGUUAUGGAAUUGCAGACGAAUUUGUCGAUCAAAACUUUUGUUCGGAAAAAUGCCGCAAACUCGGCCUUUCGCAGCCGACAAAAACAAAGGCUGCUGGUAAAGUGGCGGUCAAAAGAAAGUCCACUUCUUCCAACUCUUCUUCCCAGGCAGGAGACGCGGCUAGCAGCGCCGUCGUUGAGUCUUCACUAGAAACGUGCAACGAGCAAAACAUAAAAGAUGAAUCAAAGCAGGCGAAAACGCCAUCGGCGUGGUCUUGGUCCAAAUAUUUAGAAAGAAGAAGAGCUCAAGCGGCACCUGAACGACUAUUUUCAGAUCCAUUUCCAUACGGAAAACACGGAUUCCGAACAGGAAUGAAACUUGAAGGAAUCGAUCCUGAGCAUCAGUCACUAUUUUGCGUUAUGACUGUUGCUGAAAUUCAAGGUUAUCGCGUACGAUUGCAUUUUGAUGGAUAUUCUGAUUCACAUGAUUUCUGGCUGAACGCCGAUUCUGAAAAUCUUUUCCAUUGUGGAUGGUGCGAGAAAAAUGGCCAAAAACUGCGACCACCCAAGCAUUAUGAUUUGGCUCCGUGCCAAUCUACAUCGUCGCCCCUUCCACCUAAUCAACAACAAGCAAGUUCUCAGGCUUUAACGCAUGGACGUACUUUUAGUUGGCCUCAGUACUUGAAAUUUACCAGCAGCGCAGCAGCUCCACGGCAUUUAUUUAUUUCAGCACAGAACGAGUCCCCCGUACCCAGCGCUUUUCGAGUUAAAAUGAAAUUAGAAGCGGUCGACCGACGCCAUUCAUCGCAUACCCUUUGUGUGGCUACGGUUGCGAAUGUGAUCGGCUCUCGCUUCCUGGUUCAUUUUGACGGAUGGGAUAGCAUCUACGAUUACUGGGCCGAUCCCUCAUGUCCUUAUGUUCAUCCGGUCGGAUGGGCCCAAGAACACAACACGACGCUCACCCCGCCCUGUGACUAUGACGCUGAUGCGAGUGAUUUUGUUUGGGAUCAUUACCUGGCAAAGACAGGGGCGACGGCCGUACCUCCACGGGCUUUCAAACCUCGUUCACCCGUCGGAUUUAAAACAGGCAUGAAGCUCGAAUGCGUAGAUCCGCGCAACCCACAACUCAUUCGCGUCGCUACCGUGGCAGCUGUUAAGGGUUAUCGACUAAAAAUUCAUUUUGAUGGUUGGUCUUCCGAAUAUGACUUUUGGACGGAUGACGAUUGGCCAGACCUGCAUCCACCUGGAUGGUGCUUGAAAACGGGACACCCGCUUCAACCGCCUUUUGUGUCCUCAAAUGGUCCCGUUUCCAACGAAGGCGAAUGCGCUACUCCUGGUUGUACCGGUGUUGGGCACAUAGAGGGUGCACGAUAUGCCACUCAUACCAGCACCGAUCACUGCCCCUAUUCCAAUGCCAACUUGCAUCGUGAGAAUCCAGCAUUUCCCGAUCGUCUAACAGGCGAGGAGAUUGAUCCAGUUGUACAGCGUUCGGCUUCCCCGGCAGCUGCUGUGGCCUCGGCGGAAGAACAACCUGUGAAAGAAGAGCCCAGUAAAAGUGGGAAAACCAAAGCAGUUAACAUUAAAGCUGAGCCGGGAGAUUCUAGCAGUAAUGCCACGUCAACUGCAGAAGCGUCUUCGCCACCUCCACAACCUUCGUCGAACGCUAGCAAAAUGGAAAAGUCUAAAGCUUCGCAGAGUAUUGACCUACCAGUCAAGAGCGAAUCAGAAGCCGAGCUCAAUAACCGACUUAUCCAAGUUGAUCUCAGACCUGAAAGUCCUCCACUAGAACAGCAAUACGACUCUUUGGAGGCCCUUACACCACCACCACCCAAGAAAAUGAGAAUUUCCUUUUUUACGGGUAAAACAGCAGCUAGUGAGAUUGUUCGGCGGAAAUCUGCUCCAAUAGAAGGCAAUGGUGAUGUGACAAACGAUCAAAGCCUUCCAGUUGCCGAACGCAAACAACAGGAAGAGUCGAGCCGUAACUCUUUGGGAGGUCCUAAUGACCAACUUGACGCCUCAAUGAGCGGUUCCGUGCCAACGAAAAAAUCGGUGCAUUCAGGCUAUUCAAUGAUGAACUUCCCUGCCAAUUCCAAUCUGACAACGCCAAUGUGUUGGUCCAAACAUGCCGCACUCCUCGGCGAUGUUGUUGGGAUCGAUACAUCUAAUCAAGUGACUCGCUGGUCUUGCGAUCAAGUUAUGGAUUUCUUGGCCAAAUUCGGUGUCAAUAAAGUCAUGUUGGAGAAAUUCAAACAAGAGGAAAUUGAUGGAGAGGCGCUCCUGUUUUUGUCUCAAAGCGAUCUUACCGAUUUGCUUGGUGUCAAGUUGGGACCGGCCAUUAAGAUUCGCAACGCUCUUCUUUUGAUGAAAGAAAAGGCCAAAUCUGCAAUGCCCGCCAACGAGUCGCAUUCUUAGACUAAUAAUAAAAUUUAAAUUUAAUUAUAUGGUUGUCUCAUCCUGUUUGUUUGUUCUAUGCGAUGUACCAUGAACGAAUCGAGAUAACCUCUAGCUCGAAUGAUUCUCAAUCCCGACUGCACACAAUUUACUUUUUUUGUGUAUUAAAAUUCAGUUUUCCAGUUCUUUCUAUCUCUCUCCUUUUUUUUACAUUUUUCGUGUCAAGUCCAAUAAAAACACUGAUAUGUGUCUUUGUUUUUGCAA